UCCACAAGCCGGCGUCUUGCGAGAAAUUAUAAUAUCCGUUUUGUUGUUACGACCCUGUGCUCUACACCUCUUAUCUCUAUCCCAUCAUGACCACAGCUAUACGGAAUAGACCAUACACGUCUACGCCUUCAGAUGCUUCUCGGACCAUAACCAUAAGGGAUUCGCAGCCUAGAGAAGAGGACCAUGGGCCUUCGGGAGAAUCACCUUCAGGCCAUGUAGGGGUUUUACGUCUGCGGGGUGUUCCACGUCGAUCCAGUCAACGAGUAAACUGGGGUGAAGAUGUGGUAGAUAACGAAGGAUGUGGAAAGAAGAAAUCCAAGAUAUGCUGUAUAUACCAUAAACCAAAACGUUUCGAUGAGUCGUCAUCGGACGAGUCAUCUGAUUCGGACGAUGACUCGGAUUCAUCAUGCAACCACGGACCUCAUCCACACAAUCAUGCACGUCCAACUGAUCGUCAAGGCGGAGGAUCGGCGAGCAGGAACCCUCCGCACGGUGGAGUAGUGCACGGGCUUAUGGAGUCGAAUGACGAUUGUAAUGCAUACGAGAAAGCGCCCCAAAAUCGAAAUGGAAGGAAGUAAAAAGCUUUGUUACAGCAUUGUUGUGUUAUUUCAUUUUACGCAGGAUAUGAUUAUGAACCUUUACAACCUGACGACCUAACUCGAGCAUUCUCUUCUCACCUCUAGAUAGGUGAUUCUUAUGUGUACCUUGCAUAUUUAUGUCAUGUUUCAC